CAGUCGGCAGUCGCCUACGUGUGUUCUUGCUGUAUUCAGGUCUCUGCCAAUCUGUGCGUUAUUCAUUAACAAUUGUUUAUUAACUUGUGAUAAAGUGAUUUUAAGAGUCAGUGUGUGAAAUGAAGGCCAUUCCGGACAGGUGGCUCCAAUAUAAGCCGUAUGGGACAGUCAUCGAGAAUACCAAAUUUCUGCCGUUCAAAGUGCCCCUCAAAACGACGAUAAAGGUGCCACCAAACCAAGAAUUCACAAUUCCAGUGCUGUUGAGGGCAUUUCCGAAGCUCAAGUUCGUCAUCGAUUUGACCAACACAACGAGAUACUACAGUACUAAUGACUUUACGACGAGGAACGUUGGCUAUUUGAAAAUCAUGGUGCCGGGUCAACAGGUGCCGCCUAAAUCCUGUGAAAUCAAGUUUUUCAAGGCAGUCGACAAAUUCCUCGCGACGGCGAAAGAUGAUGAAGUCAUCGGAGUCCACUGUACACACGGGCUCAAUCGAACGGGCUACCUCAUCUGCAGGUACAUGGUGGAGAGACUUGGCUGGGCCGCCGAUGAUGCAGUGAAAGCGUUUCAAGUGGCACGAGGCCACCCCAUCGAACGUCAGGCAUACAUCGAUGAACUUCCGUCAUCAUCGAUAAAAAAUAUUGAUUCAUCUCUGAUGAAUCGGUCGCUCCAAGCGACUUCUUCCACGGGGAAAUUGGAAUCUCAACGUCCCCGUGUGAUCGAAAACUGGCGCCAUUAUCCCCCCCCAGAUCCGGGAUUCCCUUCCCGUAUGGGUCCCCGGUGGCAGAGGAACGGUCGGGAAAUCGCACCCCCACCGUUCCCUCCACCCCUAAUGGGUGCACUGCCGAUCCCGGGCCAUGGAUUCCCGAUGGCUGGGCCAAGGCCCGACGUGUACCGAACGCCCGAACUCGAGCGUAACGCGUAUCGAGGGCCCGAUCCCAGGCCCAAUGCGCACAGAAUACCAUCGGUACAUCCUCAUGGAUCUUUCGAUCACACGGCCUGUCCACCUAGACCAGUUUAUCCGGGCGCGAGGUCGUCGAUGAACAAUCAUCAGGCCCACGCCCGGCCGACCUCUGGAAAUGGCUUCGUCAACGGUGCAAGGAAUUCGAAGCUUAGACACAGUCAUAGACACAGGUACCAUCCACAGGGGUCCGGCAUCAGCAGGGAGGACGAUUUCAGGAACGACACCUUCAAUGAUAAUUUCCGUCGGCGUAAUGAUAGGGUGAUACGCAUGGAGCGGAGACAACCUAGCCGAUUUAGUGAUAGAUAAUUUAGUUAGUUAGUUGAUAUAAAAAUUUUAAGAAUGAUUGAUUGAUCAAUCCAUUAAAAAUUCAAAACAGCCAGCUAAGUUAAUUGAAAAUUCACGAUUUAAUUUUAAAACUUUGCUAAGAAGUUUCUACGACAAUGAAAAUGGCCGAAAUUUUUCAGGUAAUCAGUGGGAAAUUAACAGGGAGUCUAGUCGAUUUUGUAGAACUCAGUGAAAUUUUAUUGAGAGAUUGUGGGGAAUUUGGGAAAGUACAGGAGGAAUGAAUUUGGGGUGUUUUUUUUUAUUGUUAAGGUUUUUUCGCCUCACUCGAUCUUUAUUUUUGGAAGUCUUGGGAGUUGCAUAUAUUGGAGGGAAAUUACUCCGGGUGUUUUUUGCCGUUGUAUAUUUCAGUACAAAUCAUUGAAUUGUUUAUAAACCAGUGGUCUAGGGGGAGCUGUUGCAAUACGAACGAUAUAUUCGAAUAUUUUUGCAUUGAAUCAUUGGUUAUAGAAAUAAUUACGUAUAAGAUAUUUUUUUAUUUUAUACCAGGCCAAGAAAUAUUGCGAACCAUUUUUUCGCAUAUGAUUUUACUGCAAAAAAAUGUUUACCUUAUCCCUCAUAGAUAAUAAUUAAUGAUUAUAUUUUAAGUAAUUCCCUAAAAUUAGUGAACGGGGCUAGUCUUUUGGAUAUAUUUUAGGGUUCGCAACUACAAACUUUGUAUCAAUCUAUUUUAUCAAUUAAUUAUAAAAAUUAUGAUGUAAUAUAAAAUUUAAAAAACUGA